AAGCAUGCAUUGCUACGUUUUGAUCUAGCUUUUCAAUUUGCACAUCUUCAUUAUGGAAUCUUGCUAUGUAGACACUUAAUGAUUCGUCUAUUUUUUGAUUGUUAGCAGAUGACAAUUGGUCUUCCGGGGAGUCCAAGCCUGCGUUGCUUUCUUGAAGGUUGUAGGAAAUCAUUUACAUGUGCAUCUAUCUCUCCAUAUAUGUUUUCAUCCUUUGGUGGUGCUAUUGCAGGGGUUGCUCCAUGAUUUUGUGGUGCACCUUUUAUUCCGUUUGUUUGUGUGUUUGUGUGCAUGUCUCUUUCCUCAAGUUGUAUCUUGAUUGUUUUCUAUCUUUGAUACUCUUGUUAUCUGUAUCUUUUUCUAUUUUUCGUUUUCUUCCUUCUUUUGAAUUUGAUGUUUCUCACGCUUUUUUUAUUGCUGCCCUUUUUUUUGCUCUAAUGUAUCCUUCUACCCUUUUUAAUAAAUCAUUAAGAGUGGUGGGCUCUCGUUUGUUCAAAGACCUAUAGAAACUUGAGUCUUUAAGUCCGUCCAUUAAAGCAUACAUUGCUACACUUUGGUCCAAUCUUUCUACUUGCACAGCUUUGUUGUGGAAUUUUGCUAUGUAAGCCCUUAGUGACUCUCUUGUCGUCUAUUUGAUUGUUAGAGAUGAUGGUUGGUCUUUCAAGGAGCUCUACUAGCAAUGAAGUGAUUAAUAAAUAUAUUUGCAAAUUGAUCAAAGGUCUAGAUAGAUUUUUCUGGUAAUGUUGCAAACCAAGCCUGUGCAACUUUCUUAAAAGUUGAUAGAAAUUGCUUGCAUAAUAGAGCAUCCGAGGCUCCAUAUACCAUCAUUGCCAUUCUAUAUCCUUGUACGUGCUCCACUAGGUCUUGAAUUCCAUUGUACUUAGCUAGCUGUGGAGUUUUGAAAUUUGAUGGCACAAGUUCCUUGAUGAUUUUAUCUAUAAAGGCUUUUUCUACUGAAGCUGUGUGUGUUGAUUCUAUGUACCUCUGCUUGCCUGCUUUUAUUUUUGCCAAGUGCUGCCAUAAUGCCUCGAUUUCUUUGUAAAUACCGUCAUUAUAAACCUACGCUUCUACU